AUGGGCUCACCACUUACAUGCUUAAUAGUGGGCGAAACACCUGCCACUCAAUUUUUGGCUUGGAGACUCAGCUUGUCAAACGCUUUCAUCAUUUUGGUCUCCAGUAACAUCUCUAGCGAUGGCAUUGUAUCGUGGAAAUCGUCGAAACUUGGUUCCAAUUUCUAUAGACCCAACGUUUUCGCCAAAGAGCUGGAAGAUUUAGAGCCCCAGCUAUUGAAUUCCGACAAGACUACCCGCAAAUACAAGAUUGAUGCAAUGAUUGUGUCAUGUUUGUCGUUACCGUCACUGGAUCGAUGCUGUCAAGUUUUAUCAAAUUACAGCGACAAAGAUACAAUCGUGAUGAUGAAUGCUAACUAUGCGGUAGAAUUGGAAGAUUUGGCCAUUUCUCGUUUUGCAAAUUGUAGUUGUGGUGUGGUUUCGAUUUUAUGUGACGUUGAGGCUCGUCAACUUUCGUCAGGAUCUUAUGCUUUGGUCAAUGACAAUUGUUGUUUUUACGUGGGCCUCACCAACGUUCGUAAGACACCACUAACCAUGGGAGAUCAACGCCAAGAGAACGUCGAUAAAAUCCGACAAAUCAUGCUAGAUCGAAAUUCCAUCUUGAAUACCGUGUUGACCCAAAUUCAACACACCCAAGUAGAGGAAAUUAUCAUAAUUGAUCCAGAUCAAUCGCAGAACAUGGCUUUGAAAGUUUGGGAACAUAUCAUACCGCGAAUAUCAUUGAAUUUGGUGUGUAUUGUUUUUGAGCAAUUUGACCACGAUAAACUCUUGGCUAACGCUUCUUCACGACUCAUUUUCGAAGACUUGGUCAAAGAACUUAUGCAAAUUUGCUACCUGCAAUGUGGGGAUGCUGUAAGCAAGUACCUGAAUCUCAAAGGUUUCGAUACUCACAUGGGUAUGGAGAAUUUGGUCUCCAGUAUCGAUUUCCACAAAGUCGUACAGGAUACCAAAGAUCGCAAACGACAAAUGGAUAUGUUCACCAUUAAUGAGUAUCCAGAGUUUUUGACGCUUUCAUUUGAAGCCUAUUGUUUCCAUCAUCGUCUAGAGUUCCCGGCGCAUGUUCUCUUGCAACAACCAAUGCAAUUGGCCAGCGAUUUUGGCAUCAAUUACUCCAGUUUGAAUUUCCUGUUUGGCUUCUACUCCAGGUUGGUCUCUAUAUGUGGCUACAGUAUCGAAGGCGGUCCCAAUGAAUUGGGUCGAUCUUCUUUACUUCUGAGUAUCGGAGAUCAGCUAUUUAACCAUAGCGAACAAACCGUGAUGUUCGAAGACGUCACUGGAUCGCCGUCACGCAGAUGGAAAACCGGUUUACGUUCCAAAUUCAAGCGCAAGGUCAAACAAUCUGAUCACAAUGGGACUGACAUUGAACCGAUCAACAGGGGUUUAGUUGCGGUGAACGGUUCAAAUGAACAACUAUGUAAAGUCGAAGAGUCAGACGCCGCAUCUGGAAAUUCGGGUUUCCCAUUUUUUGGUAACGGUGACGCAGCGGACGAUUCGGGCGCCGACGACAAUUGUGAUACCACUUCCGCGGUAGACGACCUCAUACAACUUCCUAAGUUUCGCGGCCGAGACGAAAUAGAUGCAGAUGUGCUAUUUGAACAGGAGUUGCGAGCCAACCCAUUGACAAUGUCCUCCAGAUACUAUUUCGACGCAUACGGGCUGGGUGAUCGUCGAUCUUUGGAUGAAAAACGUACACGUACGCACAAUUGGAACAGCUGCAAAUUCUGGAAACUGCAACGAAAGUACUUGGCAGAGACAGGUCAAAGAUCUCAAUCCGUUACGUUUACAGGAUCAGCCACGGUGCCGGACCGAUUUCUAUGGGAGCAUUUAAAUUUACUAAGACGGGUCAACAUGGGUGGUAUAUUGAGCGUUACUACGAGCAGGUACGGGCAUGUGGAUUCUUCGCAACGACUAUUUGACGAUUGGAGUCGAGGAGUAGGGCCCUUGUCGGUCUCUGGUGGAGACCGUAGAAGGUGUUCGGGAAAGAAAAAGUUGUCUCUGGAGGAUGUGGAUUAG